CUGUGCUAUUUUUUUUGUCCUCUUUGUCCAUGCAGGUGUUCUACAACGGUGCCAACGUGAAGCAGGUGGAUGUGCCCACGCUGACAGGCUCCUUUGGCAUCCUGGCAUCCCACGUCCCCACGCUCCAGGUGCUCCGGCCGGGCGUUGUCACAGUUCACGCCGAGGAUGGGACGGCCACCAAGUACUUUGUGAGCAGUGGCUCUGUCACUGUCCACGCCGACUCCACGGUGCAGGUGCUGGCAGAGGAGGCAGUGACCAUGGACAUGCUGGACCUGGCUACUGCAAAAUCCAACCUGGAGAAAGCUGUGUCAGAGAUGGCAGCAGCGUCUGAUGAAGCUGCUAAAGCAGAAGCUCAGAUUAAGGUAGAAGCUAACGAAGCCCUGGUGAAGGCUCUGGAGUAAAUCCAGGAAUCCCACUGUGGAUGCAGAACUCCCAGCCUGUCCCUGUUCUACUCCCCAGCUGUACAGAUGGAGCAGGACGAAUGGAGGUGGAGAAAUGGUUCUGAUCAAUUAAAAGGAAAUGUGACCCCC